AUGAAAGCAGAGAAGCCUGUUUGGGUAAAGCAUGGAGGGACGCAGAUUUUCUCGGUCGAUAUACAGCCUGGUGCCCUCAGGUUUGCCACUGGCGGUGGUGAUCACAAGGUUCGCAUUUGGAACAUGAAAUGUGUUGGCAGGGAAUCGCAAGCUGAUAAUUCAACACCCAAACUUCUGGCGACUUUGCAUGAUCAUUUUGGGUCAGUUAAUUGUGUUAGGUGGGCCAAGCAUGGUCGAUAUAUUGCAUCGGGAUCUGAUGACCAAGUUAUUCUUGUUCAUGAGAGGAAGCCUGGUUCAGGAACCACAGAGUUUGGUAGCGGAGAGCCACCAGAUAUUGAGAAUUGGAAAGUUUCUAUGACAUUGAGAGGGCACACUGCUGAUGUGGUGGAUCUUAAUUGGUCUCCGGAUGACUCAAUAUUGGCUAGCGGGAGUUUGGAUAACACAGUUCAUAUUUGGGACAUGAACAAUGGCAUCUGCACAGCUGUUCUUCGGGGUCAUUCCAGUCUGGUCAAAGGUGUGGCAUGGGAUCCCAUUGGUUCAUUCAUAGCAAGUCAAUCAGACGAUAAGACUGUCAUUGUUUGGCGAACAAGUGACUGGAGCCUUGCUCAUAGAACUGAUGGUCACUGGGCAAAAUCUCUAGGAUCCACCUUCUUCAGGCGACUUGGAUGGUCACCUUGCGGUCAUUUUAUAACCACAACUCAUGGUUUUCAAAAACCAAGACAUUCUGCACCUGUUCUUGAGAGAGGGGAAUGGUCUGCCACUUUUGACUUCUUAGGACACAACGCUCCUAUUAUUGUUGCUAAGUUUAACCAUUCUAUGUUUAGAAGGAAUUCUUCCAAUGCUCAGGACUUAAAAUCUGCUUCUCUUGGGUGGAGUAAUGGUUCUUCAAAGAUUGAAGGGAAAGAUUUACAGCCAUAUAAUGUUAUUGCAAUAGGAAGUCAGGACCGCACCAUAACCGUGUGGACAACUGCAAGUCCCCGUCCUCUCUUUGUGGCCAAGCAUUUCUUUUCUCAAAGUGUAGUGGAUCUAUCCUGGAGCCCUGACGGAUAUACUUUGUUCGCGUGUUCUUUGGAUGGCACAGUUUCUACCUUUUAUUUUGAUGUAAACGAACUCGGAUAUAGGUUAAGUGAUGCUGAAUUAGAAGAGCUAAAGAGAAAUCGUUAUGGUGAUGUAAGGGGUCGGCAGGGAAACUUGGCUGAAAGUGCAGUGCAGCUGUUACUUGAAGCGGCAUCUGCAAAGCAAACCCCGAGCAAAAAGUUGGUUCCAGUCAAUCAGGCAUCUCUGAAAGCUUCUACUAAUUUAGAGGUUACGACAAAGAUUAAGAAGGCUCAUGCGAAUGUUGGGAAGAAUACUGAGGGAUCUGUUAGUGAUGGGACAAAUAAAUUGGCUUCUUCUGCUCGGAUGUCAAGUCCUGUGAAGCAAAAAGAGUAUAGGCGACCUGAUGGUCGAAAAAGGAUAAUACCAGAAGCAGUUGGAGUGCCUGCCAAACGUGAAAGAAUUUCUGUUGAUGCUCGAUGUGAUGCCUCUGAAUUUCCUGCGAAGUCUUUAGAUCACAAAAAGGUUGAUAACAAGGUAAUACAUACUGAUGGUGGUGCUAGAGAAGAAUCCAUGAGGAAAGCAGCAAGCGGGAGUGCUGAUUUGAGGGAGCGAUCUGAUGCCACAGCUAGAGUGACCAUUACUGAGAGCCUUGUCGUUGAGAAGGUUUCAGAACCUCUUGGUAAAGAAGGACUUGCUAAUGUUGAACAGACAGGCUAUGUUACUUCCAGUAGUACUCUUUCAAUUAGCGUAAUUGAUCAGAAAGAAGGGGGAGACAGAAUUCCAGUUGACUUGGAAGCUCGUCCAAGAGAACAUGCAGUAAAUGACAUUGUAGUGCCUGGAAGUACUUUCACGAUGAAAGAAACAGAACUUUCUUGCACAAGAAGGUCGCAAACUCUUUGGUCUGAUAGGAUUUCUGGAAUGGUCACUGUUUUGGCUGGAAAUGCUAACUUUUGGGUUGUUGGCUGUGAAGAUGGAUGCCUGCAGGUAUACACAAAGUGCGGGAGACGUGCUAUACCGACCAUGGUGAUGGGAUCUGCUGCAGUUUUUAUUGAUUGUGAUGAAUCUUGGAAGUUGUUGCUCGUCACAAGGAAUGGAUCCUUGUAUGUAUGGGAUCUUUUUAACAGGGAAUGUCUCCUACAUGACACGUUGGCUUCACUUAUAACUCCAAAUUUGAAGUCAAGUUCUAAAGAUGCUGGCACAAUCAAAGUCAUAUCUGCAAAAUUAUCAAAAUCUGGUUUUCCCCUUGUGGUUUUGGCUACACACCAUGCCUACGUCUUUGAUAUGAGCCUCAUGUGUUGGCUGAGAGUUGCAGACGAUUGUUAUACUGCAUCAAAUUUCUCAAGCUCUUGGAACUUCAGUUCAGCUCAUGGUGGUGAGCUGGCUGACUUGCAGAUUGAUGUUAGGAAAUUUCUGGACAGGAAACCAGGAUGGAGCAGAGUAACUGAUGAUGGACUGCAGACACGUGCUCAUUUGGAAGCUCAAUUGGCAUCUGCAAUAGCUUUGAAGUCUUCUAGUGAAUAUCACCAAUGUCUUCUGUACUAUAUACGCUUUUUAACAAGGGAGGGAGACGAGUACCGUCUACGAGAAGUUUGUGAGAGCUUUCUUGGACCUCCUAUUGGGAUGACUGAAGUUCCAUCAUCUGAUGUGAAGGCAGGAGCAUGGGACCCUUAUGUACUUGGGAUGAAAAAGCGCAAGCUGCUUCGAGAAGAUAUUCUUCCAGCUAUGGCAUCAAACAGAAAAGUUCAAAGGUUGCUCAAUGAGUUCAUGGAUCUCCUAUCUGAUUAUGAGAUAACAGAAACAAACUUAGAACAGAAGAAUCUUGUACAUACAACAGCAGUGGAAGCAACAGAUGAAAUGAAUUCUGCCCUGCCUGCAAUAGAUAAAAGAAUUUCUGUUUCAACAGUAACUAAACAAAUGGACUCUGUCCAACAAGCAAUAGAUCCAAGUGAUCCUACCAUGAAAAAUACCGAUCAAACGGACUCCACUCUACCUGUGAACGGUGUAACAGAUACCAUUUUGCAAGGUACAGAGCAAGUGGAAUCCAUGCUAUUGCUACCAAUGCCCGAGAAAAUGAAUUUGGACCCCCCUGCCUCUGAGCAGAUAGAUUCAGAAGCAAAAGAGAAGGAUUCUUGA